AUGGGCGGCGCGGCGGACGCUUCGUUCCAGCGGACGUCGCUGCAUGUGCGUAUCCUGGCGUCGAUCGUGUGCGUGAUCGCGGCGUGCGUGCCGGCCUGGUGGAUGCUCACAAAGAUCGAGCGCUUGCCGUUGCCAGCGGAGGCGGUGCGUGCGCUCGAGGCGCGUGGCGCGUGUCCCAUCCGCACGGCGUGGGCGGUCGUCGUGCCGACGAACGAGUGCGAGAGUGUGCGGCAAGAGCUGCAGCGGCACUCGCUGUGCGUGGACUGGCGCGUCGAGGGCACACACUGUGUGGCGGGCGCUGCGUCCGCGACGUCGACGUACCGCGUGCCUGACGCGAAUGUGAGUGCGCAUCUUGCGCCGCUGCUGCGCAGGGCGGAGAGCGACUCGGUGAGUGUGCCGUACGCGCGCAAGAUCCGCGUCGUGUUUUCGCUUCUGCAAGAGGAUGCGAGUGUCGGCCGUGCUCUGCAUGGCUGGGACCUGACGCACGCCCUGCACAACAUCAGUGCGUACGAGGCGCUGGCGCCCCUCGCACGCACGGUUCGUGCGCUCGAGCGCGUGUACGAUAUCCAGCUCGAGAGUCAGGUGCAGUGGUACGCGCCUCUUGAGCUCGAGCCGCAGCGCCAUGGGGCAGGUCAGGAUGCCUUUUACACGGUAUCGAUGCAGGACGCGCGGGUGUUUGUGAAUGCCGAGCAGUGGCGCCUGGACUCGUAUGGCACGGCCGACUUGUCGCCGGCGACCGAGGUGCGUACGCUCCAGUUUGUGCUGUUUGUGCCGAGUGUGCAUGCGCCCCUGUAUUUGGACGCCGAGACGCUGCACCAGCAGCCGGCGUGGCUGCUUCCACAGUGGGGCGGUGUGGUCGUGUGGAAUGGUGCGCACGAAAGCGAGCAUGUAUCGCUCGAAGCACUGCAAGAGCCCAUGUCGCGCUUUGCCGAGCAGCUGCGGGCGCUCCUGGGCCUGGAGCGAGGACCGGAUGUCGGCAUGGCCGUCGAGGGCCUCGUAUGGCGCCGGACGCUCGAAAUGGCGCGUAGUGCGGUCGAGACGCUCGGCAGCAUCGUGCGUCUCGUGACCAAGAUCCCGAAUCUCGGUGUGAAUGCGCAGGUGCGCGAUGCCACGCUGGCCGCGAUCGAGGCGCUGGCAGCGUGUGAUCCGCAGCACGCCGAUGCGGCUUUGCAUCACGCCACGCAGGCACAUACCCAUGCCUCGCGUGCGUUUUACGAUCCGUCCAUGCUGGCCACGCUCUACUUUCCCAGUGAGCACACCUUUGCCGUAUAUACCCCGCUGUUCGGCCCCCUGUUCAUGCCGCUGGCCCUGGGCGCGCUGCGAGAGUGGAGGCGAAGGCGGCACCGUCGGUAG